AUGGCUGCCCCGGCUAGUCCACCCGCCAUGUCAUUGUUGGCUGCGGUCCGCUCGCAUCUCGCCGCCGACUGGGACUCCGAGAGUUCCCAAACAGACACGCUGGAGGAACCCGAAGAACGGGAACAAAAGGACUCAAAGAUUGAAAUCAAGCCCGAGGUCAAGCCUGACUCUGAGCACGAGCCAUUCCCGGACUAUGAAGAGGAGCAGUCGUCUUCUGCUGAUGAGGAAUCCGAGAGAGCAUACAAAAUCACUUUCACCGCGGCUAUGCAGGAAGAAAUUCGCAUCGAAGCCGUGGACCCCAACAUUGUAUUGUUCAAAGCAGUAGUUGAAAAGAAGGCCCAGUCUCUGGACAGUAUGAAGGAGUCCCUCUCUCACCCGCAGCUUGUUGAAUCGACCCGCGUUCGAUUCAUUGCCCUGACCAACAUGAUCAUCCUUCUGGAAAACACCCUUUUCUCCGAAGGCGAGGAGAACUUCCUCAACUUCAAGGCUGUGGCCGAUGCUCAAUCCAUCGCAACUGUGUUUCUAAACUAUGUUUCCUGGGCCGAUGCUUUGAUGAGGGAUCUUGUUCAGACCGCUGAGAAUGUUACUUCUGCGUUGUUACUCUUGUUCUACGAGGACGUUCCACUUUUGACCCGAUACCGACGCAUGGCUAAAGUAGUCUCUGCUUAUCUGAAAAAGCCACGCCGGAUUGAACAGACGCUGCUUUCCAAGUUGCUGGAUCUUUACGAUGAAUGGGUUCAUAACACGUUCCUUCGUCUCCGUAACACUCAAAUCGCCCAGGAAGUGACUCUGGAUAUUGGUCGUCUGCAGCUGACUAGGACUCUUCAUGCUAUCUGGGAGGUUUUGUCUCGUGCCAUCGAGAGUUACGCUAACUACCGGGAUGCCUUGCACAUCAUCAAGAGCCAGUUCUUUGCAUCCGUCACGGAAGGGGCUGGUGGUUCUUCAGUAGCACGCUGCUUUGAAGAAGAUUAG